AUGAUUGCUGCAAAUGGGAGUGGUCCAAUGAUGUUGAGGGCAAUAAAUAGUCAAGGUGAAGUGAAAACUGGUGACAUGAUAGCCGAGUUGAUUAUAGAGUGCAUAAAAGAAGUUGGUCAUGAAAAUGUAGUUCAAGUAAUCACUGACAAUGCUGCCAAUUGUGUGAAAGCCGGUUCUCUUAUUUCAGCUAAGUAUCCUACUAUCUUCUGGACACCGUGUGUGGUCCAUACCUUGAACCUUGCUGUGAAGAACAUAUGUGCACCUUCAAUACAAACCAGAAACAAUGAUGAUGUCUAUGAUGCUUGUAGUUGGAUAGGACCUCUUGCGGAUGAUGUUUCUUUUGUCAAGAAUUUCAUAAUGAACCAUGGAAUGCGAUUGGUAAUGUUUACAGAGCACUGUCACUUGAAGCUCCUUACAGUUGCUUCAACCAGGUUUGCCUCCACAAUUGUUAUGUUCAAGAGAUUUAAAAAGAUAAAAGCUGGUUUGCAACAUAUGGUAAUUAGUAAUAAAUGGGAUGAUUACAAAGAAGAUGAUGUGAGGAAGGCUGCUGCUGUGAAACAGAAGAUAUUGGAUGAGAUGUUUUGGGAUGAGCUUGAUUAUGUAUUAUCAUUUAUGGAGCCCAUAUAUAAUAUGAUUAGAUAUGCAGACACCGAUAAGCCAUCUCUUCAUUUAGUGUACGAAUGGUAUUAUAGCCCAGAAUGGCUUGCAGAAGAUAGCACCCGUAAAGCUCCCCAUCAAGAUAUUGAUAUUACUAGAGAAAGAAAAAAUUGCAUUUUGAAGUAUUAUGGGGAUGUGGAUCAGCGGAGAGAGGUUAAUGUGGAGUACUCAAACUUUUCUUUAUGUAUGGAAGAUUUUUGUAAUGUUGAUGCAAUGCGUGAUAGGUCCAUCCUUGAUCCUUUGAGAUGGUGGGCAGUUCAUGGAGCUUCAGCACCAAUUCUUCAAGCUUUAGCAUUCAAAUUGCUUGGGCAACCUUCUUCAUCCUCUUGUUGUGAAAGGAAUUGGAGUACCUACAAGUUUAUACAUUCCGCUACAAGAAACAAGAUUACUCCACAAAGAGCGGAAGAUUUGGUAUUUGUACAUACUAAUCUUCGCCUCCUAGCUAGAAUGAAAGACUCUUACAAAGAAGGUCCGAGUCAAAUGUGGGAUUUGGGAGGUGAUCAAUUUGAUUCAUUGGAUGAAAGUAACCUUGGCAGGCUUGAGUUUGAGGAUCUUUCUGUUGAUGAGCCAUCGCUGGAGGGUGUUUUGUUUGACAAUGUUCAUGAGGGCGAGGAUGUAGAUGAUGAUGACCUUGAUGUUGAUGAUCAUGAUGUUUGA